CGGCCUGGCCGCGGGCCAGAUGGGUCUGGGUUGCCUAUGCCCAGCGGUGGCUCUAAUCGCCGCGUGCCCCCGGCAAGGCAGUCAUCAGGUGACGACGCGGCGUUACAAGGUCACGCUGAACCGCCCGGGGCGUUCGCGGCGGCCCUUGCCACGGUGGUGGCGGCAUUGGGUCCGCUCGCCGCGGCCCCGGAGCUCGAGGGCGGGUCCAGGGAGGCGGCGGACGCCGCGGGCGCAGGUGCCUUUUCAGCCGCCCAGAGGGUUGCACGCGCGUGCCGGGAGCUGGGGGCGGCCGCAGCGCAGCUGCAUUUACAGCCAAGGCGGGACGAGAGUUUGCAGUCACCUCGCACGCCGGCCUUAGGUCGGGCUGGGCGCACGCCAUCUUUGUUGUCCGGGUCCCCUCCCCCUUUUCUGCCCACAGAUGUUCAAGCGGAUGCAAGGGUGUCGGAAUCGGAGGACGAGGAUGUUACAUAUGUCGCGACUGAGGAGUCUGGAUCUGACCAAUCUACGGCUUCAGGUGAGGCGGAGCAAUUGGGGUCGGUUUCUAGUACGCCCUCGGGUUCGCGCAGCUCUUCCCCUUCCUCCUCCUCUUCCUCUGCUUCCUCCUCUUCCCUUUCUUCGGCAAAGUCCGACGUCAGUAGUGCGACAAAGGCGAAGAAAAGGGCGAUUAAAUACGCCAAGAAGGCGGCUGGGCAACAGGAGAGGCGUAAGAGGCGAAGGCGGCUUAGCAAAGAAUCUCGCAAGGCCAGGAAGCGCUGCGAAUAUACCGCUGUCAUGCGGGGGCUUAGGGAUAGCUGCAGCAAGAGUAUUCGCAGGGGGGACUACGUAGAUGUCUUCGUCUUGACUAAAGACGCUAAAAAAGAGUUUAAGGCGGCAACCGCUAAGAAGGGCAUAGGGGCCGAGGCGUUCCGCACGUUUGAUAACUGGCUGGCGGGGUUUUGGGUUUUCGCGGCUUGCUACCUUGAAGACAGGCCAGACGAACAUAUGAAUGUCAUUCGGUACCUGCAUCUCGUGCACGAUAUGCAACGCACGUCGGCGGGUGACGAAUGGCGUAGGUAUGAUGUGGAAUUCAGAGAGAAGCAGGACGGGUUACACGUUAUGGACUUCGGUUUCAAGGACGUGGAGGUAUGGCUUAAGGUCACCAGGGCCUCGCAGCAGGCCAAGGAGCCCCGGAGCGCAGGGGCGGACGGACACCGUGCUGGGCCGUCCGCCCAUGCGCCCGGCGCGGACGGCCGGUCGGCUAAGCCGGCUUUGGCUCUGAGCCCGAAUAGUCUGUUUCUGUGUAUUUCCACAGAUGUUAGUGCAGAUGGAACAUCAAACACUCUAUUAUAUAAUGUGUAUUUAAAGCAAAACUACAAUGUGACAUCUGCACCUAAAAAUGAAGAAAUGUUAAAAAGAGAUGUCCAGCCGAAUGGAAAGCAACAUCCUACCACAGAUGAUAUAUAUGAUGAGGUAACUGAAAUGCACAGAUUGUUUAAUAAACUGGAACAUCUGUGCAUGACAGAAACCAAACAAUGGUGGGAUCAGAUAUCCAAACAAAAAUAUUUAGAUGAUAAUCUUAUACCUAGGGGGUUGAGAAUUUUGAAGGAAUCCACCUUCAAGGCAGAUAAAGAUUUCACGGAAGAAUGGAAUAAUAUAUUGGAUAAUUGUUCCAAAAAUUUAAUAAAGGUGCUUAUAAAAUAUAGAGAACAAAGGGUUAACGAGUUACAACUAGAGAUUGAAAAAGUUCAUACCCUAUUAAAAGUAUAUGAAAAAUCUGAAGAAUAUAAGGCUAGAGAUUUAAAAGUAAACAAGAAACUAGAAGAAUUUGAACAGUCAUUAAUAACAAGAAAGGAGAAUAAAAUGGAAAGGGAUGUCUCAGAUUAUCAAAGUGGAAAUAUUCACAACUAUAAUAAGAGAAAUAAACUGAGGGAGCAGGAAUAUCAGACCCCAUAUUCCAAACCUCCAGGAUAUAAGUAA